GGCAGGGGCCGGGGGCGGGGCCUGGGCGAAGGUAACAGGUUGCGGUGGGGCGCGGAGGUGAGGAGCGCUGGCGGCGGGGAGCGGCCUGGGCACGGAGGCUGGAGUGCUUUUAACCCCCGGGGAUGGAGCAGCAUGUGAAUGGAGCUAUGGGCGAGAAGCCAAACCCCAUGGACUACGGGGUUCAGAUCCGAUUCAUAGAUGACCUGAAGGAAAUGAAGAAGCCCCAAAACAUCAGGCCCAAGCAUUCUAAGCCAGGCUCCUACGGGGUCGCGGUGAGGGUCCAGGGCAUUGAUGGGCAGCCCUUUGUGGUCCUGAACAGUGGGGCGAAAGGAGAGGACUCCUUCGGGGUGCAGAUCAAAAGCGAGAGUAAAUACGGGAACUCCGCUCACAGCCAGUGGCCUGAGCAGCUGCCCCCUAACUCUCUCAGGGAAGGCCCGGGCUCCAUCAGUUCUGAUUCUGACUUGCCGGAAAGCCGGUACAUGGCCAGACAUUCCCAGUACAGCACCUCUGACGAGGAGCUGAGCUCCCAGCGCUACCCGAGGGAGACGAGGCCUGUCAGCGCUGAGGCAGCUCAUUCCUACCGCCAGGAUGGCUCCUCGUCCCCUCAGAGCGGCUCCAAACAGCUGCCACCCCAGAGGCCUUUUGGGGAGGAGCUGAGGAGGACUCAAUCUCACAGCUCUCUUUUAAGCCCCAGUUCAGAGGAGGCCUAUGGCCCAAGCCCCCUCAGCAUGCAGACCAGGGGCACCUACCGAUCCCAGUCUCCAGCCAGUACCAAGAGCAGCAGCACGUUGGACAUUGCAGGCAGGAAAAGGACUGGCCCCAGCCGGGAAUCCCAUGCAGCUUCUGGACGAAGGUUUGUAGGCAAGCAGCGAUCACCAGACCCAGAGUCCUCCGGUCCUCGGCAGCCAGCUGACCAAAGUGACAUUGACACGAAGCCCCUGUCCUCGGUGGAUUCCCUGAUCACGAAGUUCGAUGGGAAGGUUCAGCAGAGGGGCCGAGCUGCCAGGAGAAGCCGGAUCUCCCUGGAGGAGAGGAAGCGGUCGCAGAGUCUCGAAGGCAGGGUGUCCUACUACGACACGGCCGAUUCCAGAGAGCUGAGCUCCGCCCAGCUCCAGGAUCGCCUCACGGAAGGGCCGAAGGGCCUGGCUGCCAAACCGCCUGGUGCGGCCAAUGCCUCUCGCACCGGCAGCCUGAACCGAGCGCUCCCGGAAGAUCUGAAGGAAAACUCAGUCAAGGUCCAGCUGAUGCGAGACUGGACCCAUAAAAGCUUGGAGGAGCCUGUGGUUGAGCAGCAGCAAAGUCAAGUGCAAUCAGAAGUGCAGCAGCUUAAGUCCACUCCAGACCUUCUGAAAGACCAGCAGGAAGUCUCUCCGCCUGGGAGCAGCGAGUACACCAAGGAACUGAUUUACAGUAUUCUGAAGGAUGGGAGCAAAGAAAGUGAAAGCUCACUGAAGAGAAAAACCAACCUGAUGUUUGAGAAGAUCCAAGCGCUCGCUGUGGUGCCUCCUGAGGAUGCGAGAGCAUCCAUUUCCCAGAACAAUGAGCUGAAGAGGAAGGUGGAGGAGCUGCGGGAGAAACUAGAUGAAGAGACAAAGCUCCGCCAGAAAGCGGAGCAGGCCAGGGAGCAUGCCAGGAGCGGUGCUGCUCGGAACCUGGAGAGUCGGCUGGCGGAGGCGCAGGACAAGUGCAGGCUCCUCAAGGAAGACUUGGAGAAGACGAUGCGGGAGCUGAAAAGCCGCUUGCAAGAGCUGACGGAAGUGAAAGCUGCCAGAGAGCAGGCAGAGGACAAACUGGGAGACGCAGAAGAGCAGCUAAUGGGGAUGCAUGAGGAGCUGGACAGGCUGCGGAAAACCUCGGUGGACUCUGCAGACCGAGACGAGCUCAUGAAGGAGCUUCUGGAAACCAGAGAGGAGUUGGAGGAGGUCCUCAACGGCAAACAGAAGCAAGAAGAACAUCUGCGCCUGCGGGAGCGGGAGCUAACGGCGCUGAAAGGAGCCCUGAAGGAGGAGGUGGCGAAUCACGACAAGGAGCUGGACCGGGUGACACAGCAGUACCAGCACGACAUGGACCAGCUGAGGCGAAACAUGGAGGACGUGUCUCAGGACCAAGCCAGUCUAGAGAUCGAGAGGCAGAAAAUCAACUCGAUAGUGAGGAAGCUCCAGAAGGAGCUGGAGGAGAGCAACGAGGAGACCAGCCACUGGAGGGAGAUGUUCCAGAAGAACAAGGAGGAGCUGCUCAGCACCAAGCAGGAGCUCAUGCAGGUGAAACAGGAGCGGGAGGAGUUCGAGGAGGAGCUGCGGGAGCUGCGGGAGCGGUUCUCGGCCAUGCGGGUGGAGGUGGACCAGGUCAGGAACAGCACCGUGGAUGCUGGCCAAGUAGAAGCCCUGAAGAAGAAGCUGCGUCAAGCCCAAGAGGAGCUGAGGGAGCUGGCUUCAGAGAAGGAGGCCCAGGACGAGCUGGUCCACCAGAGGGAGCGGGAGCUGGCUGCCCUGAAGGGGGCACUCCAGGAAGAGGUGGCCAGCCGUGACAUGCAGGUAGAACAGCUAAAGCAGCAGUUCCAGAAGAACUUGCAGCAGCUCAGGAAGGACUACGACGAAGCUGCCAAGGUGAAGGUGGCCGUGGAGAGCGAGAAGGAGGCCACGGAGCAGAUGAGGAAGGCCAUGGAGUCCGCUCUGCGGGAGACGCAGGAGGAGAAUGACGACUUGAGGAGGAAGAUCUUGGGCCUGGAGAUGCAGGUCAAGGAGUACAGGCACUUCUCCGAGAACUGGGAGGGCUCGGAGGCCAGGCUCAGGGAGAAGAUCGCCAAGCUGGAGGCUGAUCGCAGACAGAUGGAGGAAUCCUUGGAGGAGGCUGCGGAGCAGGAGCAGGAGCUGCUGAUGGCCAAGAGGUCUCUGGAGAGCCGCCUGGAAGAGGCCCAGAGGAGUCUCAGCCGGCUGUCUCAGGAGCACCAAGUGCUGAACGCCUCGCACCAGGAGGAGAUGAAGCAGAAGGAACAGCUGAGGAGGACCAAGAAUGAGCUGGAGGAGCAGAAGAGGCUGCUGGAUAAGACCACAGAGAAGCUGACCAGAGAGCUGGACCAGAUGGCUCAGGAGUCCCACAGCUCACUGGCCAUGCUGCAGUCGCAGCUGGAGGAGUACAAGGAGAAGUCACGGAAGGAGGUUGCAGAUUCCCAGAAGCAGGCCAAGGACCGCAGUGCGGAGGUGGAGAAGAUGCAGUUCACCAUGGGCCGGCUGCAGGACGAGAUCAUGCGGCUGAAGCAAGCGCUUCAGGACAGCCAGGCUGAGCGGGAAAGCGCCGUGCUGGAUAAGGAUGUGCUGGCCCAGCGCCUGCAGAACCUGGAGCAGGAGGUGGAGUCCAAGAAACGCUCCCAGGGCGAUCGCUCUCGGCAGGUCAAAGCGCUGGAGGAGAAAUCCAAGCACCUCGAGGUGGAACUGGACGAGGAGAGGAACACGGUGGAGCUGUUGACUGACCGGAUUAACCGCAGCAGAGACCAGAUUGACCAGCUGCGUGCAGAGCUGCUGCAGGAGCGCUCCAGUCGGCAGGACCUGGAGUGCGACAAGAUCUCCCUGGAGAGGCAGAACAAAGACCUGAAAAGCCGACUGGCCAGCUCGGAAGGCUUGCAGAAACCGAGCGCCAGUUUGUCUCAGCUGGAGUCGCGGAUCCAGGAACUGCAGGAUAAGCUGCAGGCAGAAGAGAGGGAAAAGAACGUCCUGGUGUCCUCAAACCGCAAACUGGAAAGGAAAGUGAAGGAGCUGACGAUCCAGAUCGACGACGAAAGGCAGCAUGUGAAUGACCAGAAGGACCAGCUAAGCCUACGCGUCAAGGCGCUCAAGCGCCAGAUGGACGAGGCCGAGGAGGAGAUCGAGCGCCUGGAAAGCGCCAGGAAGAAAGCGCAGCGGGAGCUGGAGGAGCAGCACGAACUCAACGAGCAGCUGCAGAAUCGCGUCAAGGCCCUGGAGAAGGAGGCCUGGCGCAAGGCCACCCGCUCGGCUGCAGAGGCCUCCCUGGACGACGACCGCCUGAGCUCGGACGAGGAGUUUGACAGCGCCUACAGCCCGUCCUCCAUCGCCUCGCUGCUGACGGAGGGGAACCUGCAGACCAGCUCUUGCUAGCAGCUAGCGCGGGUCGUUAACUGGCUCCUGGGGUGCGCCUUUUUCCCCACAGUCAGAACUACUUUGGGCUCCUUGAGAGGCAGGUGCAGGGCGUCAUUCCACGGGGGAGCGUCCCCUAUCCACUGACGUUCCAGUCCCUUUAGGAGGAAAAUCAACACCCUGGAGGCCAGCGAUCCUUGGAUUGGAGUCGGCUGACACAUGCGUCCUUUCCAAAAAGCAGCUAACUGGAAGGAGCCAGGAGCAGAAGAACUGAGAACAAUGUGCAGGAAGGUUUUCUGCUUAAAUUGGGAGGGAGGGUGGGGCAGAAUUGGGUGUUAAGAUCCCCAGAAAAUUCUAUUUAAUCUGUUUUUCUCUGUGAUUCUCAGGGUACUGCUUAAAUUCCAGAUGUUUCGUAUCUUAACCAAAUGUUUGUCUGUAUACUGGGGGUGGGGGGUGGAAACAGAUGUGCAAUAAGGCAAGAUGAUAUUCUGUGGCUCAUAAACAAGAGGUGAACCUGUCUCUUCAGGCACCGUGGGAGUUCACUUUUCUCUGCCAGAAGGGGAAGCGUGGUAGGUUACCGUCAGCAACCAGAAUCUGAGGAGACGGUCCGGGUGUGUGGGAAAGCUGGGUUCUGCUCUGAGAGUCUCUUUAAUGUCUAUAGACACCCUCAUGGAGUCCUGGGGCUAAAAUCCAGCGGCUGCUUUUUCCAGGACUUUUGCAGCUUUCAUUUCCUCAUGCCCUGUUAAAGAGAAAUUCCUGGCCAGCCCAUCAAUACGUGCUGCUCUUCCCUUCUCUUCAUUCUUUAUGAGCACGUGUCUGCGCUGAAGGAUGGCUCUGACUUCGUAAUGACAGAGGAUGGGGAGCGGGAGCCUCAGGCUUGCGAAACUCUAUGGGGCUAGUGUGCUUGGCAAGGGACUCUGUUGGCACAUUUUUGGCCCUUUCUGUUGGCCCUGCUCUGGGGGAGGAGGCCAAGGAUGGGGAUGUAGGUCAGGAAAAGUUAGAGAUCACCCAGGUUGACUGGGACCCCAAGGGUUCAUGGCCUGUGCGAGAGGAACUGGUGGGUCUCGGUCCAGUCCCCAGCUGUCAGUGACAUUACACUAAUCCCCGUCGCAGCUGGCCCAUGGAGGAAGAAGUAAAACAGGUUUUGGAAUAGCUGAGGCUUUUAUCUGACAUGAUAGCACUUUGUUGUUGAAACUAAUGAGCAUGAGAGCUUGCCUCCACCUGUCGGAGCCAAGCGAUCAAUCACGAAAUGAGGCAUGACCCUGGGGGUCCAUCCAGGGCAGGGCUGCCUGGCCAUCCUGUCCACAUUCUGCUGUCCUGUAUAAAGGGACAUCCAGCCUCCAGGGCUGUCUCCAAUGCAGUUAAUAACAAACACCUGGGGUCUGCCUGCUGGGGGCCCCUACUAUCUUGCACCUCUCCAGCAGUUUCUCGCGUCUGUUUUUUGGCAAUAAACCAGCCAGGGAAAGCAAACCUCUGCCUUCGGAAGCACGUGUGCUGCGGAUGUUAAUGAAAAGCAGGGGCUGUACUGGCCUUGAUGGGCUGAGCAGCCAAAUUCUCUCACCUUCAAGCUCCUCCAUGUCCCCAAACGCCGCUCCUGCUUCACUCACCCAGCUGCAGUUGUGAUCAGUGGAGUGUGAGCUGGGCUGGGCUGUAAUGCACCCAGCCUAUUCGGAGAGGAAAGAACAAUACUGGGCCAGCCCUGCUUGAGACCUAUGUAUCCUUGAACCGAACCUGCCUUUCAGCUCCCAUUGAGCCUCGUUUUGUAGCUGAAUUUGCACCUAUUCCUAAAGUGCCGCUUUAUAGAUUGGGAACAUAUGCGGGGCGGGGGGGGGGGAGGGCGUUUCCACUAAGUGUGUGGACCCCCCCCCCGCUCCCCUCCCCUGCUUCUGUUGCGGGUUGAACUGCUAACACCUCAGUCUCCCUCUGUUACCUUUUUAAACUUCACCAGCUCAGGGGUUUCAGAGCAAUCUGAAAGUCAGGCCUUGACCAUCGUGCCUUAAUGGGGAGUGUCCAGUGGGGGAAACUUAGUCCAGUGAAUUUCUGCUUGGAAGCGGACUUGGGGGUAGAACAUUUAAACAUGCCUAUGUUUUAAAAUAACCCGAUUUAACAUGCACGUGCCCCCUGCCUGAGGCAGCAAGAGACAGGAGCAGGGGUGGGGAGGUGACAAAUACACCCUGAUGCUCGGUCUGAGCUCAAGGGCUAACAAAAAUCCCCAAUGCCCAAAUAUAGCCAUUGCCUUGUCUUGCAUGAUUUCAGCUUCCACUAGUGUUCACGCCCUUCUGCUCCCAACAGGGGCCUUGCUUGCUUGCCCUGCCUUGCUUGGCAUGCUGCCCUAGAGCAGGUCUCCGUAGCCACGCGGAUGAGACGGUGCUUUGGAUGCUUGUUUUUUGUCCUGAUGCUUGGUUCGAACGUCUGCAGCUAUGGGCCCGGCAGUUCGCAAAACGCCAUGGGAACAGCAAGUCCUCGGAGUUCUCAUCUGCUCCAUGGCAGCGUGCUGGUCACGCAGCCCAGAGACAUUCUGAGGCUUGCUUGGACCAUUUAAAUAGCUGCCCCUAAUUGGGACCUCCCAAAGCUGCUGAUCUAGAUGUAAAAGGUGUUUGGCUCUAGUGUUUCCAGGCUAACAUCCCCCCCGGAAACAAACACACUCAGUGGAUAAGUUCUGCAAGAUGCAUCUCAGGUCAUCGACAAGCCAGUGCUGUCACCUUCUCCUGGGAUGCAGUGGUUCAGAGACACCUUUGCAAUCUCUCAACCUACCCCAACCAGCUCCGGCUCUCCACCAUGAGGCUUUGCGGAGGAAUCUGCUCAGGGAGCCAAGUUUUUUCUUGUUUAGAGGCUGCUGCCACUGAGGAAGAGCAGGUGAAUCAAGGCUUGACUUACGAAUCAAGGCCACAUCGUCUGCUGGCGUGAAGGGGAAUAGCUCCAUUGCCGUGGAUGGAAGAGCGCGGAUCUGCACCAGCUGAGCAUCCAACCCAGCUUUCAAACAGCUGGAUUUUCAGCUGAUCUUGGUGGGUUGGGUCUCUCUCUCUCUCUGGAUUUUGAUUGGGACUCUUCACACUGGGCACUUAAUAACUGAAACAAAGAUUCCUUGUUAAAACACCCACAGAUGGGUGGGGGGAAUCUUCCCCCCCACACACACAGCCUACCCCCUAAAAAGCCCUGGAUGGGUGCAGCUGUAUCAUGACGACAGCCUGAACCUGUGACGCUCUGUGACUGUAGGAACGUGCCCAUUGCAAAGGAGCUGGAGCGAAGGUUUCACUAACCAGGUUGCCAUCCACACCUUUUGAGGGCUGUCCUGUUUCACUCUCCAUCUGCAGGGCCUGUGUGGGUUUCGUUGCAGGCAGCCCCCGCCUUCUGCGCCUGGCUUUGCUUUUCCUCCAAACCCGCCUGAUCCGGAGGAGGCUGCAGAGAGGGAACUAGCCAAGAGCAUUUCUCCAGAGCUGGCCAGCCUCUAGAUCCCAGGGCGGUCUCCCUAGACAGCAGAUGCCUCAUCGGGGCUCUAUUGAUGGAUGCAGAGACCCACCCCUUGCACUGUUACGGGCAAGCUGCUCAGUGGAGCAGCAGCUUCAAAAGGGAGGUUGUAGGGGUGGAAUGAGGAGAUGGAAUUUAAGGUUCCCUUCCCCCACCAGCCGUCAAAGUAAAGGGACGUGAGACUCUCGAGAAACAGCCAUUGAUGAGCUGUGUGGCUGAUGGAGCAAGAAGAUGGUCCUCCCAGCAGAGUUUUGGGAUUUGUUUUGUUUUUGUUUUUUGAGAUCUAACAUACCUCCCACUUCAGGAGCCUGAUGGGAGCCAGCCCUGCUUCAGAGCUGCUAAGGGACCCACGGACGUUCAUUACAGACCCUAGCAGCAGGCGUGGGUGUGGCUGGUUGGAGUGAGUGACAAUAGUCUGGGACCUGCUCAGUGCUGGAAUUUCCCCCCUCCCUCUGCUGUAAAUGCAGAACAACCGCCUGGAAGUCAGUGACGCUUCUCCCAGGGCUGCCCUAGGGUAACGGGCCCAUUGAUACUCUGCCGCAGCGAGAGCCAAGGAGCCGCAGAAUUGUGUGGUCCGAUUGUCACCCCGCAAUGUGUGUGGGGAUCCCGCAGCAGAUGGGGCACCGUCUCCCCCUCUUCUGCCUGGUCAGUGAGGACUGAGCGAGGCUGGGCCUUGCCUUCCGGCUGGUUCUGUGGCUCUAUACACCAAGAGGAUAUUUCGCUGCCAAGCUGGACGAAUUUUCUUGUGGGCCCCAGGCUUUGCCCUCCUGGCAGUUGAAUCAGAGACACAAGCCGCCUGCAUGUCCUCCCCAAGAAACGUGCAGGGAUGAGCCUGGGUUACGGAUGGUCUCCAGAGGCUGGGCCAGAGAGAGGGAGGGAGGGGGAAUCCUUGCUGAGAUCUCCUGCGAGGAUGACUUGCUUUUUUAAAAUAAAACCCGAUGUAAGAGGAAUUUGAGACAAGGGAGGGGAAGGAUUGAUUCAAGUCCCAUGCUAAUAGCGUUCAUUGCAGAGUGGCUUUCAUGCCCCUGUGGAUUCUGAUUGCUUGUAUAGCAGCAUAUGAGAGAGAUGAUCUGAUUAUUAUGUAACUUUGUUUUCCUCUUG